AUGGAUUUAGCUGAUAGGUCUGAACCAGUAGCCCAAGAGCUGAUAGAGGUCUCCAACCGCCGCACCAUCGCCACAGUGGUACUCUUCGUGCUAAUGGGUCUGGGCUCGCUGACUCUCAUAGUGGCGCUUUUUGGAUGUUGCGGAGCCUACCACGAGUCACCUUGUCUCCUUGCCACCUACUUCAUUUUCCUCAUCAUUAUCUUCGCAAUCCAACUGUCCGGUGCCGCUGCUGGCUACUUUUACAAGGAAAAGAUAUUUGAAAAUACUGAGCAACGCAUGCGCGAGGGCGUGUUCGAGCAUAUGAAACCGAUUCCUACACUGAACCGGCAACCUGUACUGAUGAACGCCGUACAGAAGGUGGUAAGUUUGCCUCUUUUCUUAGACUCGAAUCGAACUCAAGCUGGGUAUGCAUUGGUGAGAGUUUUCACAUAA